AUGUCUGCUAUAGCUCCAAUCACAGGUACUUUGAAGAAAAGAAUAUUUACAGAUAUAACAAUAGGUUUCGCUCUGGGGGGUGCCAUGGCUUCUUAUUGGUGGUGGGGGUUCCAUAAUGGUGUCAUCAACAAAAGAGAGGACUAUUAUGCCAAGUUAGCUCAAUUGAAGAACUCGGAGGAAUGA